CUGGAAAAUAAAAAGUUGGAAAAAAACAACAACAUAAGUAAAUGGUACUUUCCCACUAUUAGAAUCUUCCUCUUCUUCUUCAUCUUCAGCCAGCAAAGGUUAUAACUGUGUAAUGGCCUCGAAGUUUAAGCCGGUCUUGCUACCGACAAACCCUGAAGCUGAUGCAGGUGGUGGAAAGGAGAAACAGAUAAAACCCUUGGAUCUUGGGAAUGGAAGUGAAAUCAUUUACAUGCCGAGAUUUUUGUCAUUCAAUGAUUCAUGGGAGUUCUUCAAUUACCUUGACUCUCAUAUUCCUUGGACUAGGCCCACCCUUCGUGUAUUUGGUCGCUCAUGCGUUCAGCCCAGGGACACAUGUUAUAUUGCAAGUCCAGGAUUGCCAGAAUUGACGUAUAGUGGAUAUAAGCCUCAUGUCUACUCCUGGGAUGAUUAUCCUCCACUCAGAGACAUCUUGGACGCUGUUCAAAGAGAACUUCCUGGCAGUAGAUUUAAUAGCCUACUGUUGAACAGAUAUAAAGGUGGGAAUGACAAUGUUGGUUGGCAUGCUGAUGAUGAGAAACUUUACGGACCGACUCCAGAAAUUGCAUCUGUUUCCUUUGGAUGUGAGCGCGAGUUUUUGUUGAAAAAGAGAGAGAAUAAAAAAUCAACACAAGAAAGAAGAUCUGAGAAUGAACCUGCUAGGAAGCGGUUAAAGAAUAGUAACAGUGUCGAUCAACAUCGUUUCACGCUAAAGCAUGGAUCACUAUUGGUGAUGAGAGGUAACACGCAAAGGGACUGGUUGCAUUCGGUGCCUAAACGUACGAAAGUAGAGGCAACUCGAAUUAACCUUACGUUUAGGCAUGUACUCUAAAUCAGUGCCAGAGGAAGAACAAGAUUUCACACUGUACUUUGUAACUCAGGCCUCCCUUAAUUUUGCUUGCUGGUGAUUCUAAUGUCUGUUGAGAGAAGAAUAUAUGUUAAUUAAGUCUCGAGUUCUAUGUUUAUAAAACGAAAUAUAAGCAGCCUUUUGUUACUUUGACGAGUCCGAGUGUUUUGUGGAGCUAAUUCACAGGAAUUGUACAUGAUACUGUAUUUAAGAUAGUUCGCAUUAACA